GCCCGCCCCGGUGCUGCCGGUGCCGCCCGGCGGGGAGCGGCGCGGAGCGGAGCCCGACGGGGCGCGGCGAGGAUGGGCAGGGGGCCCCGGCGGCUGCCGCCCUCCAGGAGAUGAAUUAAAAUGCAGCACACCACGUGCACAGAGGACAGGAUCUACCAUGCACUGGAGAGAUGUCUGCACGGGCUUAGCAGAGAUGCUGUCUCCAGCAGAUGGGCUGCAGGGCUGUGCCUGAACUGCUGGAGCCUGCAGGAGCUGGUGAGCAGGGAUGCUGGCAACUACCUCAUCCUGGUGGAGAAAAUCCUCGGCAAGGCCAGGGAGGUGCAGGAGAAGUGUGACUACGACCUGGUGAUGCCCCUGGCUCUGCUUUUCUACUACGCAGUCCUCUAUGCUCCCCACAUCCCACCAGACUCUGAUCUGCUCCUGAAAGCUGCCAGCAUCUACCACAGCUUCCUCACCUGGCCUGUUCCCUACUGCAACGUCUUCCGUGAGCUGCUCACCUUCAUCAGUGAUGAGCUCAAGGCACCAGGGAUUUCCUUCCAGAGGUUGGUGAGAACGGAGCAGGGGCUGCCCGUGAAGAACUACCAGAGCUCCACUGUGACGGUGCUGCUGCUGAACCGCUCUGAGGUGCAGAGUGAGUUCCUCUCCAUCGCAGAGAAGCUGAGCAGCACUGAGCCCCCCCGGCACGCCACGCUGGUCCUGCUGCUGGAGCACCUCUACCAGGUCACCUUCGGCACCCGCUGUGACUUGGGCAGCCUGCAUCACAACCUAAAGGCCAAGACAUUGGAAGAGCUCUCUGAGAUCUACACCAGCGCUGCUGAAGCGCAGGAGAUCGCAGCUGCCAGCAGUGACCCUGUGCUGGCCAGGGAACGGCUGCAGAGUGUUCUGCAGGACAUUGCUGGGGCAGCUGCACUUCCUACCAUUGCAGGAGAUGCACAGCCCUGCAGGCUGCAGCCCAUCCCCAUCCCUACAUCACGCUGCUACACUUACAGCUGGGACCAGGAUAACUUUGAUGUCCUCAAUGAUGUCCUCAGCAAGGAGUGCAGCGUUGUUGAGCCUGUGGCCUCAGAGAAUGAGGAGGACGAGGAAGAGGAGGAGGAAGAGGACGUGGAAACAGAUGGCUGUUCCCCAGAGAGGGACUCGCUGCUGUCCCCCAUAUCCUCCAUUUCCAAAGGCUCCGUGUACUCAGCUCUGUCAGAAGAGGGACCCAAGCACUCACGCGUGUCCCUCUUCAGCAGCUCCAAGGACUCCAUCUCAGAGCUGACUGUGGUCUCCAAGAAGUCCUUGAGGUCUUUUGUCUCCAGCCUGAAGGACUGCAUGGACAGCGGGUACGCAGAGGACAGCGACGAGAGCUCUUUGGACAUGGUUGGGAGACCAGAACUGAAGGUGGAGAAGACCCACUACAAAUACAGACACACGCUGACCAACAAGAUCUACAAACUUUUCAAGAGCAAAAGCCAUCUGGUCCUGAGGAGAGACCUGAAGGACUAUCCGGAUACAGGCUCACUCCCCCUGCGCCGUGCUGAGAGCCUGUGUCACCCCCAGGCCAAGCCCCGCAUCCCGGCACGCUCCCGGCGCGCUCACUCCUUGCCCCAGCACGGGCUGGGACAGAGGCUGCAGAGCCCACAGACCCCACAGCUGCUCAGCCUGCCCCGACGGCCCUUCCUCAGCUACGAUGAGGAUGCUAAAGUGGCCACCAUGCGUGUGGUGGUCUUCGGCUCCGACCGCAUCUCAGGGAAAGUAGCCCGAGCCUACAGCAACCUGAGGCUGAAGGAGAGCACCUGCCCUACACUGACAAGGUACUUCAAGCUGCAGUUUUUCUAUGUCCCCGUGAAGAGGAGCUGCCUGCUUCCAGCAGCCCUGCUGAUGCAUCCUCCUCCAUCCCCAAGCGACCUGCAGCUCCGCACCUCGGUGCAGGCGGAGCCCACCUUGGCUGGGGCAGAGAGCAGCACCAACGACGUCUCCCACUACAUCGGCAUGUUGGACCCAUGGUACGAGCGGAACGUCCUGGGGCUGAUGAACCUGCCCAUGGAUGUCCUGUGUCAGUCUGCCAAGCCUGAGGCUGAGCCCCAGGAGGACUCCCAAGAGCAGCUGCCCAUCCUGGCCGACAUGAUCCUCUACUACUGCCGCUUUGCCACGCGCCCCGUCCUGCUGCAGCUCUACCAGACCGAGCUCACCUUCAUAGGGGGGGAGAAGAUGACUGAAGUCUUCAUCCACUCCCUGGAGCUGGGCCACUCGGCAGCCACGCGGGCCAUCAAGGCAUCAGGUCCAGGCAGCAAAAGGCUGGGCAUAGAUGGAGACAGAGAAGCAAUCCCACUAACACUACAGAUCGCCUACAGCAAGACAGCCAUCAGUGGAAGGAGUCAGUGGAACGACGUUGAGAAGGUCUGCACAUCUGUUAACCUCAGCAAAGCCUGCAAGAAGUACGAAGAGCUGGCCUCAAAGACAGAGUGUCUCAACUUGACCAUGACGGAGGUGGUUAAAAGGCAAAACUCCAAAUCCAAAAAGAGUUUCAAUCAGCAGCUCAGCGUGUCCCAGAUCAAGGUAGACAAGGUCCAGAUUAUUGGUGUCCAAUCCUCCUUCGCUGUGUGCCUGGAUCAGGAUGAGCAGAAGAUCCUGCAGAGUGUAACCAGGUGUGAGAUCUCUGUGUGCUACAGACCCAGGGACAGUGAUCCCCACGCACUGAGAAGGUCUUCUUUGACUCCCCAGGACCCCUCCGAGUUUCAUUCUCUCCUGUGUUUACCCAUUUCCACCUUCAGUGGAGCACUGCCAUAGAAGAACCCUGUGCCCUUAUCAGACCAGACAUGCAUCCAACACCAAAACGAAGCUGUCCUGCUGGGAACCAGCCACUCUUGUCCAAGACAUCCUGUGAUCUGAAGUCACAGUGUGGUGAUUGAACUGCUCCUGGUGUGAGCUUAGCCCAAUCCUUGGGAAAUGAUGUUAGUGUCAGGCUCUGGUACAGCUCAAGAUUCCCUGGGAGGAAAGUGAGAUCUCCACCUGCUGAACCAGGCUGCCAACAAACUGAGUGGACAAGGCAAGGACAGUGAUGUUUUCCUGCCAGCAAAUGGUGCUGUGGCCAUACUUGCAACAAGCUGGCAAUGCUGGGGAUGGUUCUCUGGGGAUAGGGAUGGGUUUUCUCAGGGUUUGCUUUAAAUUAUAAGAGAUGGGUGUCUUGCAGAGAAACAGCACAGUGCAGAAUGACCCAGCUGGGGCCCAGAAAGAGCCCAGCAUAAGUUAUGGACUGCUCUUUGUGUUCCAGUAAAUCCAGUGCAAUAGGCCAUACCAGGGCAUGGGCAGCUCAUCACACUUAUGUGUUGGCUGUAAAUCCAGGACCUGCAGGAGAUAACCUUCCAUUUCCUGCAGAGUUUCAGAGUUCAUCCAGGAGGGAGAUGGAGCUGCUGUUCGGCUGGUGCUCUUGCAUCCUGCUCACCAGUGCCGGAGACAUCCCAGAGGCUGAACGCUCUAUAGGUGCUUGAGAUAGAGCAGAAACCAUGCUCACACUCAUAGGAGGGAGGGAAGUACUGAGUAAGGUGCUAGGAUGGCCUUGCCUCACCUCAGGGUGUGGCUUUGGUAGAGAAGGACCCAGCACCAAUAACACUAGUGAUGCUUGCAGGCAACGAUAGGUUCUGAGAUCCCCUUUCCCCUGCAAAGAGAGGUUCCUCCCCACUUUUCCUUCUCUCUAUGAGGCCUUAGGUACAGAAAUUUGCAAUAGCUGGGAGCUUUUAGAAGUAUUUUGACCCCAGGAACAAUAAUUGAGGCUAGAAGUGCCUUGCUUGGUUUCACAGCCCUCAGGUUGUUUCUCAUUGGCUGGUGGUUGCAAUAACGAUAGCUGGCAGAAGAGCAUGCUGCCUGUUGCAGGUUAGGAGUAUGCCAACACCAGGGAUGUGAUCCCUGGGAAGCAUCUGGAAAAGAGGAAAGGACCUCCAUCCUGCUGAGGCUGCAGGGCUCUGCUCCAUCUGGGUCCCCAGGUCCUCCAGCAAAUGGGGCUUGGGCAGCUCUUGGCAUUUGGAAUGAGACUGGGCUCCAUCCCAAGGGCUGUGGGCACAGCUAAUGUGGUGCCAUUGGCGGAAGCACUUCAGCAUUCUAAGUCCAAUAGGCUCCAAGGAACGGGAACAGAAUUUAAACCAGUUUUCUCGUUGACUUUUCCCAUUUCCCAAUUGCCUCAAAUGGGGCUGAAAUUUGACAGCUGUUCUUUUUCUUUAGUUGUUGUUCAAUUCAUUAAAAUAGCACCUUAUCCUGUCAAAACAGUGCUAUUUGUGAGCCCUAUAUCCGUGGCUAAAUAUAUCCCUGCCGCUGUCGGUGGUGCAAAGCUCUUUGGUCUCAGCUGGCCCCAUAGAACUACAGGAGAAGAGUUUCCACACUGGGGAGGAAAAACAAGCACACCCUCUGGGGACUUGUAAUCCUGGCUCAUUUCUUGACCUCUGAUGCUUACUGGAAAUGAAAAGAAGGAAGUGGAAGGUUCCUUCAGGCCGUCCUUGUAUAUAUGUGCAGCCUUACCAAACCCGUGUCACGUUUGUGCUGAUCUGUAUAAUAGAGUUCAAAGGACUUUUAAAGUAACUGUAAGAUAUUAAAGGAGGAUUUAUUUCGAGUACAA